UUUGGCGGCAUUCCGCUUUGAACUCUAUUUUCAACUUUUUGCCGAAACAAACACGCCCUUAAAAAUUUUCUCGGAGAACUUCAAAUUCCCGCCAAUUCUUAUCACCACUUUCAAAUUUCUCUCUCUCUCCCUCUCUCUGCUCUGAUUCGAUUCAGGAAAGUUUUGGCGACAUGGGAACUAUCAGAAAGAGAAGGGUAAAGGCCUUGGAAUCGUAUGCAGAGAUUAAUGCGAGCGUAGGUUGUAAUGAAGUUGAUAAAUCUAGAAAGAGAAGUGUUGGGCAGCAGUUUCAGAAAGCAACAGGAAAAAUUGAAAAGGAUGAGCAUUCAUCACCUCCUGGCUCAGGUGAAGCACUAUCUUUGAGGUUUGCAACUACAACUACAAGUUCUGUGGAAGAAAUUACAACGUCACCUGUACUUGACCUUAAUACAAAAGAAAGACUUCAUCCUUCCGCCAAGCUCAAGUUGCAGCUUUUUCCAAUAGAUGAAAGCACUCGUCUAGGAUUAGAAAAGGAUGGGUUUCAUCCAUACUUGGAACUGACUUUAAGUGCUAGAAAGAGGAUAUCGUCUGUACUUAAGCACCUUGAUAGUAAGUGGGGCAGUUCAAGCAUUGCUGUUGGGGAGCCCAUGCUUUUCCCAUAUAUAGCAGAAAAUCUGGCCGGUUACGGAUGGACGAGAAAUGACAUUUGCAUCAGUGCCAGGGAUGUCUAUGCAACAAUCGGAAGCCCAGCUGUGUUUCGCUUAAGGUAUGGGUGGAUGUCUGAUCUUGAAACAAAAACCUUGGGAAGGGCUUCUGUAUCAGCUCCCUUAAAAGCCUCCUCAAAACUUGAAGAUGUACAGAAAGGUUGCAAUACUCACAUGCAGAAUACAUAUGGAAAUGGUGAAAAACCUGAGGUAACAAGUGAAGAGUCUGAAAAACCAAUCAUUAUGAGUGGAGAAACAAAUGCAAUUGUUGCUGAGAAGAUGCCAUCUAAUGGAGGAAUUGAUUCCAUGGAAAAUGAAGUGAGAAUAGAUAAUAGCAUCGGACAAUCAUUGGCAUUGUGGGCAGACAGUCUAACUAACAUUAGCAUAGGAGGCCUGCUGUCAGAAGCAUCAAUGCAAGGCAAGUUUGGUAAUUGUGAUCCCAAAUCAAAUGGGGGCAUUGCCGGCUUGCAAUCAUCUCAAUUAAUCUUUGAUUCAUUUGAUGCUUUCCUUGCUGGUCAAAUGAAUCCCUCUCAAAAUCCAAGGCCGCCACAGCAGGACUCACAUUCCUCAAUUUUGGAUGCUGAAGAUACAUGCCAUGCAUUUCCAUUUCAAAAGUUUUCUUCUUUAGGCAAAGAUGCUGUAGGUUCGGGUGGAAAUGCUUAUUCUCAUGCCGACAGCCAGUACACCAGUUCUAAGUCAUUCAAACAUCCCAAUCCAACAGAGGCCAAUAUUCAAUCACAAGGCCAGGCUUGUCGACAAUCAGACACAAACUUGCUACUUUCUUCACGAGUAUAUAACAAUGAAAGCAGCCUGGGGCUCUCAGGCAUCAAAUGGACAGACUCCUUAGGACCCUUUGAUCUCGGCCUACAUUCUUCCCGCAAAAGCACUAGCGUAGACAAUACCAGCACUAGUGGCAUUCUCAAUCAGUAGGUUCCUCUUGCAAAUUUGCUGUUGGUUCUGUUCAUGAGGUUCAGAAACACCACAUUGGGAAUGGGAAACAAACAAUAUUGAUUAUAAACCUGAAAUGAAAGUAAAGCAGUUUUUGUUCAUAUUGUGUAAUUUGUUAUUGAGAUACCAACAGGGUGAUAGAUGUUAGGAUGUUGUUUCAAGUCAAGGAGCAGAAAACAUCAGAAAUGGUAACUUCAAUCUUCCAGGCUAUUUCCAUGGCCGGACUGCCUAUAACUUUUCUUAUCUCAAGGUUAGAAAUUGUCUACCUUUCCUUUCUGAAGGAGGCCAAAGAAAUACCUCUACUCCACUUGUUGCCAAUGAAAUGUUGAUAGU